AAGGACCUCUGAGCACUAAAUGAGUCCGAGUGAGGCGAAUACAUCGCAAAGGAGCUGCGCAAAGUUACCCGCGGAACGGAAAAUUCUCACAUAACAAGGGCAUCUGCCUCGCUCUCCGGCUGCCAGCAUGAUGAAGGACUGCCUGCAGUUCCUUAUCGAGCCGGCCAAAAAGCUCAAGAUCCGACUCAAGGAGUCUCGUAAGCGGGUGAAACUUGAAAAGAAGGAGCCGCUGGUGGAGAGUCAGUUGUUUAUCAUGGAAUUGGCCCGAGAACUCAACAAAAUCUGCCAGAGGUCAAACAUCCUCGGCCACAUCUGGACCAGUGAGGACAUCUGGCCGGCCAGUGUGUGUCGUGAUUUCAUUGUGGAAUGGGCUGCUGUGCUGGAGAAGAGAGCACAGCCGAGGAUCAUCCUGUCUGAAUACCAGCAUGAGAAACCGGAGAAAAAAGACUGGAAGGGGCACCUCCUCUGUAUGCUGGAGUCAGGGGGGGAGUGUGACAUGGGAGCCCACAAAAGAGUCAUCAUGGACUGGACGCGGGAGAUUAAGAGCAGACCUCAGCCCACCGUCUGGCCGGGCGAGCCUGUGCUCAUGAUGCUAGACGACCUGGAGUUCCAGUGGAAGAGGGGGCGUCUCCCCAACCUGCUCCCAGCCAUGGAGCUCGUCAUGCUGGUUGUGAUGAAUGCCGACAGCCCUGUUAAGGAGGAUGUGACCAAGCAAUGGCUGGUGAGAAAGCAGAGGAGCCAAAAGAUCGACGCUGUCCGCUACAUCCCCCACAGUGUGUGGAAUUGGAUUUGCGAUGCUGCAGAGGACGUCACUCUGGACUCCGACUCAGCCAACCCAGACCUGCUCAUCUCCAGUGAUGAAAAGCGCAUGCGAUGUGGCCUGGAGCGCCGAGAGGCACCGCGGUGCCAGCAACGCUUUGACGGCUGGUGGUGCACUGUGGGAAAGGAGGGCUACACCUCCGGUCGCCACUACUGGGAGGUGGAGGUGGGUGAGCGGGACUGGCGGCUGGGCAUCGCCAAAGCAUCUGCGGUGAGGCAGGGCUUCCGCUCGCUUACCACAGAUACCGGCUAUCUGACCCUGCGUCUGGAGAGGGGCACAGAUCUAAAAGCCCUGACGGUGCCCGCCACCCUGCUGUCACACAGCCUGGUGCCCAGGAAAGUAGGGGUGUACCUGGACUAUGAACAGGGCCAGUUGUCUUUCUACGAUGUGGAGAAGCGCUCCCACCUGUACACCUACAACGACAAGUUCACAGAGGAACUGUACCCCGUGUUCGGGACUGUGGAGGUGGUCAAAGACCUGGUGAUCAGGCCUGCGGACGUCAGACAGCCGUGCCUCUGCCCCGGGCCCUGCCUCUGGAACUGAACUGCUUCACAGACACGAGUCACUCCUCGGUCCUGAUCCUCAGCAGCCAUCAGAGUCUGCGCUUUCAUUCUGGUCCAUUAUUCAGUGAAUUUGUGUCCUGGCUCUGGAUUUAAAGUCUGACUCUUUGUGCGGGUUGCCUUGUGAGGUCACACAGGGACAUGAACCGCCAUCAUUCUGCAUCACACUUUCUGUUACUCUGCCUUCAUGGAGACAUACAGUAUUUGACUAUUUGUAUUGUAAGGAUAUUUUGAGAGGUCCUUUACCCACUAAGAAAAAUGUUUUUUUAAUUUAAAGUAAAAACACACCAAAAUGCAAGAUUUUCAUGCCAUAACAGAGAUAUGGAAAUGUAUUUUUGAUUGCUUUUUUUAUUACGUAGAGAUGAAACUUGCAAACUAGCUUCACAAAUGUUCUAAAAGCAUGAAAGGACGUGUGAUCGGCUAGUUAGACCCUCAGUGAAACAGUGCAGCUUGCUGACAUGCACACACACAUACUGACAGACCAAGUUGGCGCAUGUGAAGAGUUCGCUCUGUUUGCCGUUUCGUCUCCUGCAAACAUUUGUCAGGCUUGUUUCUGCAGCUGUGUUUAUGUUUAUUGUGUGCUAUAUUAAGAUGCCCCCCCCACCCCUCCCCCAAAAAAACAUCAAUAAAUUAUUUGCAAAUGUUCCAACGUGUCUUCAGUUAAAGAUCAAGAGAAACAUUCAAAUGGACUACAAAUGUAUUUAUUUAAAAUCUUUAUUAAGUGCAAUAGAAUUUAGAUUUAAAAAAGAAACAACGCAAAAAUGUAAGCUCAACUGCUUGAAAGUGAGUGAUACAUGUUGAUCAAAAGCGCAUGAAUACUUAAACCUGGAAUGUUUUUGGUGAAAAGCUUCGUCCACUUAUCCACAGAAUUUUUUUUCUGAUAAGAAGAAUCUCUCAUAACGUGUCUUACAAAGCAUUU